UUCUGGGUUCUGGUAAUCCCUGCGAGCUAACAUCUGUACGGUUAGCUUAUGGUUGAGAAAGCGCGUAUGGAGUCGUUCUGUUCGAUAUGUUCCGCAAAAUGUUACUCAGAAAAAUGACAGUAAACAGUUGAACGCAUGUCAUACAUGUCACAGACCCUUCAAGGGAGAAAUCCAGGUUUAUUUCUAAAUUAGCAAAUUCCUCCAGACAUUUCGGCCUGGUUUUGAUUAAUGUUUUUUUUGUAGCUUUUGAACAAUAAGUGUUAUUUUACCGUGGGCCGCUGAUGUUGGGAGGUUUGCAGAUCCGCUGAGCAGUUAGCAUGGCAGCACGCAGGCUCAGCUUCAGAAACAUCACAGCCCUGGCCCCGAUGGUCCGUGUGGGGACCCUGCCGAUGAGGCUGCUGGCUCUGGACUACGGAGCUGAUGUGGUUUACUGUGAGGAGCUGAUAGACAUUAAAAUGGCCCAAUGUCAGAGGAUCGUGAACGAUGUGCUGGAAACGGUGGAUUUUGUGGCCCCAGAUGAACGUGUAAUGUUCCGGACCUGUGAGAGGGAAAAGGACAGAGUCGUCUUCCAGAUGGGAACCGCUGACCCUGACAGAGCUUUAACAGUGGCCCAGCUUGUGGAGAAGGAUGUGGCUGCCAUUGAUGUGAACAUGGGAUGUCCAAAGGAAUACUCCACUAAGGGCGGAAUGGGUGCUGCUCUGCUAUCAAAUCCAGACAAGAUUGAAGCUAUCCUUAAAAAGCUUGUGACAGGAGUCUCAGUACCAGUUACGUGUAAAAUCCGGAUUCUGCCUUCGGUGGAAGAGACGGUCAGUCUGGUGCAGCGUAUUGAGAAGACCGGCGUCGCUGCUGUUGCUGUUCACGGCAGGUUUAAGGACGAGCGUCCCAGACAUCCUGUCCACUGCGAUUACAUUCAGGCUGUUGCACAAGCUGUUUCAAUCCCUGUCAUUGCAAAUGGAGGUUCUCUAGAUUUGGUGAAGACCAACAGUGAUAUCGAGAAGUUCAGGAAAGCAACAGGAGCGUCGUCUGUCAUGUUGGCUCGUGCUGCCAUGUGGAAUCCGUCUGUGUUCUGCAAGCAGGGGCCACUUCCUGUGGAAAAAGUCAUGGAGGAAUACAUUAAAUAUGCAAUCCGUUACGACAACCAUGCUUUCAACACGAAGUACUGCCUGUGCCAGAUGCUGAGAGACAAGGUGGAGUCUCCACUGGGGAAGCAGGUGCAGGCUGCACAGACCAAUGCUGAGAUAAGUGAGGCAUAUGGACUGCAGACAUUUUACCAGGAGAUCCAGAAGGACCUUCAGGCCAAGAGCAGUAAUCAGCCUAACAAACCCGUAAUGGAUGGAGAUGUCACCACCAUGGCUGUUAAGUUUGAACGGAGAGACUAUCCACCGCAGAUCACACCCAAGAUGUUUCUGCUGGAAUGGAGCCGCAAAGAGAAGCUGGAACAGCCGCAGUAUGAAACGGCGCAGCGCUCUCAGGAUCGAGCAUUUCAGUCAACUGUAACUGUUGCCAACAAAAAAUACAGAUCAUCCCUUUGGGAGAAGUCAAAAAAGUUUGCAGAGCAAGCUUCCGCUAUUGUCUGCCUGCGAGUGUUGGGUGUACCAGAGGGUCGCAUCGGGGAAGAAGAUUCUGGCUUGGUCUGCAAGAGGAAGAGGGAGGGAAAGCCGAACUGCAGCGGUGAGGAAGGGAGGAGCAAAAAGCAGCAUGUUGACAUCCUGCAGGAAGCGGAAGCCCCAGACCCCACUGUGGAGAUGAACGGCGAUGAGCAAAACCCAGUCAUACCUCCAAAACAAGCAGACGCUUUAAAAGAAGCUCUCAGUUAAAACUGAAGACUGACAGAUUUCUGCAAUGUUUGACUGAACCAGAGGACUGCAGUUCAGCCUUUUGCUGUUCUAAUAUACUGUCAAGAUUUGCUAAAGUCUUCCAUAUUUCUAGAAGAUUAUUUUCCCAGUGGGAUCAACUGAUUCCAUCAGCUGGGACAAAGCCAGGUGGCCUUAAUGAUGCUUUUUUAUUUCAUGUAUUAGAAACUAAACAUUUGUUUUAAGUUAUAUUUGUGUUUAUAGGUAAAGCAGAUCAAUUAGUUCAGUUAAAUUACAAAAAAUCAUAUAAACCUUCAUGCCUGUGCCUUCCUGCUUAAAAUCACAGUUUAAAAUUGUUUCCUUUUAGCUGUAAAAUGUUUUGUUGUCAUUGUGAACCUGUCGAGGUGAUUUAUACAUAUUUUAAUUUACAUUCUUAUUUGGAUGGAAUUGGCUAAUUUAGCCUUAUGGAAGCUGGUUUUCUGUUUUUUUUCUGUCUUACUAAUCAAAACAACUUGUAAGGACUGGACAAAACUAAAGGGAUAAUGAAAGACUUUCAAACUCUC